GCAGUGACCGCCUCUGCGCUCCGACGAGCGGCACCGACCGACAGCGCGGCUGCGUGGGGAGCCGGUGUGGGCGCAGCGGAGGACUUUCCUAUAAAAGCAGGGAUCCCACGUCCAGACGAGCUCGUCUCUCUCAGUCUGCGCAGACAGGAGCGUCGGUCCCCCCGCAGACAAGCCUCAGUCCUCCCGUCACAGCGCGGACCGUCGUCUCAACCUCACCCACAGGAAAUCUUAGUCUAUGGUUCUGACUGACGUGCCUACAAGGAUGUCCCGGACCGACGAGGUGCACCGUAUAACGGAGAAUGUCUACAAGUCCAUCAUGGAGCAGUUCAACCCCUGCUUGCGGAACUUCAUAGCCAUGGGAAAAAGCUAUGAGAAGGCGCUCACCAGUGUCACAUAUGCUGCAAAGGGCUACUUCGACGCUCUGGUGCGGAUGGGCGAGAUGGCCAGCGAAAGUCAAGGCUCUAAGGAUCUUGAAGAGGCAGCAUGGGAGGUGCUCUUUCAGAUGGCUGAAGUGCACAGACAGAUCCAGAUCCAGCUUGAGGAGAUGCUGAAGUCGUUCCAUAACGAGCUGCUCACGGAGCUGGAGAAGAAGGUCGAGCUGGACGCACGCUACCUGAAUGCUGCGCUGAAGAAGUACCAGAUGGAGCACAAGAGCAAAGGGGAGAGUUUGGAGAAGUGUCAGGCGGAGCUGAAGAAACUGCGCCGGAAGAGCCAGGGCAGCAAGCACCCCUCCAAAUACGGAGACAAGGAGAUGCAGUAUGUGGAGGCCAUCAGCAACAAGCAGGGCGAGCUGGACAACUACAUCGCUGAGGGCUACAAGAACGCUCUGUCCGAGGAGAGGCGGAGGUACUGCUUCCUGGUGGACCGUCAGUGUGCUGUAGCCAAGAACAGCACCGCCUACCACGGCAAGGGGAAAGAGCUUCUAACCCAGAAGAUCCCGAUGUGGCAGCAGGCGUGUGCCGAGCCGAACAAACUGCCAGAUCGCGCCAUGUUCCUCGCCCAGCAGAUGAGCGGUGCGGCGGGCGUCAUGGCUCCUGGCGCUCAUCAUCCAGGCAUGCCCAUCUCUGAGCCCAUCCCCGGUGCUAAACCCCUGCCAGUGCCUCCAGAGCUGGCUACCCUGAGGGCCAGUGGGGGCAUGGGACAGCAGAGGCUGAUGGGAGCCGUUGAUGGAACGAUGACGGUCAUGAACGGGACGGCCGGCGCUCACGGAGGAGAUGAUUACCAGCAGUGGAUGGAGGCCAAGGUGGCCCAGGGCAAGGCCUCGCCGCAGACCCAGAGGCACGGAGGGGAGGUCUACUCAAACACCCUGCCUGUGCGCAAGGUCGCCCCGGCCAAGAGCAAGACCACACUGACGGAGACCCGUACGCUGCCCCGGUCCAGCUCCAUGGCUGCCGGGCUGGAGAGGAACGGCAGAACUCGGGUCCAGGCCAUCUUCUCCCAUGCAGCCGGUGACAACAGCACCCUGCUCAGCUUCUCUGAGAACGAUGUGAUCACCCUGCUGGUGCCAGAGGCCCGCGACGGGUGGCACUACGGAGAGAACGAGAAGACGAGGAUGCGUGGCUGGUUUCCCUUCUCCUACACCCGAGUCAUCUCUGAGGCCGAUGGAAGCUCCAUGAGGCAACUUCGAGUACACAACCUCCACGGGAAGAGCAGCAGCACAGGCAACCUUCUGGAGAGAGAAGACAUGGCUCUCUCCACCCCUGACUACGGCAUGCACCCCCGUAUGGCGGCGCAGAGUGCUGCUACGCUGCAUAGCAGACAACAGCGCCCCUACAGCGUGGCAGUGCCAGGCUUCUCACAGCAAGGAGUUGAAGAAUAUGAGCCCCGCUUCCCCACAAGUUCCACAGAGGGCAAAUUGAUUUCGACAGUGUGAGGACAGACAGACAAACAGGCACAGACUCAGCCAGACGAUGCGAUAGGACAGGCACCUCGCUGCCCCUCAACCAACCCCUUCCCUCCAUCCUUCCCCCCCUUCUUCCCGCCUCCUUAUCUCUCCCGCUUACGGCAAUAAACUCUCCCUGAGCCGAUCAAUGCAAGGACAAGGCUUUGGUCUGUAUCUUUACCCCUCUCUGAUCUCCCUCAAUCCCUCCCCUGUGCUGUCUAACUGGCCGGUUGCCACAGCGGGCCGCUGGUGACGCCUUGGUGCAGAGCCACGCCAAGUCAAACCAGAGCAAACUGGACUGUGCGCCAUCCGAGUAUUCAAAAUCAAUGUGAUGGACAUUUUCUCUGAGGAAAAUGUAUCUUUUGCUUGUCUUUCAUGCAUGUACAUUUCUUUUAUAUAUUGCUGGGGGACUAUAUCUCCCCACCAAAGGAACCGGAUUUUCACAAUUGUCAGUGCACUCCAUCCCAAUGACAAUGUAAAGGAAAUGUAAAUCAGGGUGUGGAAUUAAUGAUGUUGAUCCCAAAGAGGAUUUUCAUAAUGUAAAAAAAAAAGAAAAAAGAAAAAAAAAAGUACAUUGCAAUCAAUACUUUUACUGGGUCUUUCAGUAUUUAACAGUAAUUUUACCUUUUCAUGCUGUGAGGUUUUGUAUUCCUCUGAGAUGAGAGGCCAUGUAUCACGAGUAGUGAACAGCUGAUGUAAAUGUUUUAACUUAUGGAACGGAGACGAUGUGACGGGAAUGUUUACUGUACAUAAGUGUGCCAUACAGAAGUGCUUGUCAUACAUUAUCUAUGAUCAUUAAAAAGCAAAACAAACAAACAAAAAAAAAAAAACACGCACCUUAUGGAAUUAAUAGUCUAUAUUUCUGACUUUGUGUAAACAAACUUACUGUAAUGUUUUCAGUAUCAGCCUUCGGACACUGUGCUCAGACACACAGUCGCAGGUGCUCGGGGUCCUCUGACGAUCUGUUGUGGUGUGUAAAUACCGAUGCCAAGGCUGAAUGGGGUCAACUACCUCGUCCCUGAAUGACAUUUAAGGCUCUGAGUUUGGUUUUAGUGCUGAAACUAUCCGCCGUCGUCUGUUUUAAAGUUAUUUACGAAACAAAAAUGAACAAACACCCGCCGGCUCUAAGCUUUCUUAAAUGUGAGAAUUCGCUGCUUUUUCUUGUUUUAUACGGUUUUCAUACAAAUUCUUGAGAGGUUUAGUUUAGGAAUGAACUUCUUGAAGAAUGCUUGAUUUUCACACAUAAUUUGGUGUAGGGCUGGGCAAUAUAUCAAUAUUAUCAUUAUUGUGAUACGAGACUAGAUAUUGUCUUAGAUUUUGGAUAUCGUUAUAUCAUGAUACGGUAUAAGUGUCGUCUUUUCCUGAUUUAAAAGCUGCAUUACAGUAAAGUGAUGUAAUUUUCUGAACUAAGCGGACUGUUCGACUUGUUCUAGCACUUUAGCCUUUAUCGCUUCAGUAUCUAUAUCCACAUUACUGGUGAUUAUUUAUCAAAAAUCUCAUUGUGUUAAAACCUUGUGAGCAUAAGAACAGUCGUCCCUACAAAAGUGUCUCAAUAUCAAUAAUGAGGUAUUUGGUAAAGAAAUAUUAUGAUAUUUGAUUUUGGCGCCCAGUCCUAACAUUUCUGAAGUGCUUCUGAGGAGGUUUCAGAAUAUUGAGGAGAUUUAUCGUGUAUCACGAUGCAGCUUGAACAUAUUUUUUUUUAAGUCCACAUCGCCCAGCAUCAGUCUAUCGUUUCAUCUACGCAUCAUCAAUCAGAUCAAAUGUAUUUUUUUAUUUGAAAUGAAACGAUCCUGCCGUCAUAGUUGUUUGUCUCCAAAACACAAAUCAUUGUUAUUAUGAACAGCUGGUAGAAUGAACUUUACACUGAUUUCUGUGGGCAUAAAGGAACUUUGUGACUCUUAUUCAUGUACAAUUGUAUUUAAAGUAAAAUCCACAGCAGAUGUGGUGAUGUUGCUUCAAAAGUCUGGAAAUUGUUUGUGUCUGUACUUUGAAAGCUGCUUGAAUUUUACUCUUAAAAAGCUCCAGAGCCUCGUUUGUAUUGCAGAUCGAAGGUGGUUUGGUUUAAAAAAUCAGCUGGAAGACAUCGCUCUGGCAUUUGGGCAUUUUUUACUUUUGACAGACUUAGAAAACAUUUUUUAGAAAAUAAUAAUCUGAUUAGUUGCCAAUAAAUAAUAUGAGUAGUUGCAGCCCCAGAUACAUUUGUUCGUUCAUGCAUGAAAGAAAAGACAAACUGGUACAGCUGUUUGGCUCGGUGCACAUCGUCUACUGACAUCGCUUUCAACUCCCAACACUUUUAAAUCUCUGUCUAAGUCGGGACAUAUUAUAGUGCCUCCAUACUGUGAAUUAAGUGACUAAUGUGAAUAAUAUACUGUAUUUCUAUGGCAACUUAAGACUUAAAGUUAUUCACCUAUUAGAGAUGCUGAUGAAUCCAGAGAUUCAGAUGAGGCAUCAGCAGUGUUGUGAUGAUCAGAUUUACGGCACAGCCUCUCUGCAGCCUUGAAGGGGAGAGGAGCUCAUUUGAUGUUGAAACCUCAUUCAGCCUUCUUGUACUGUUGUCUUUGCAAUUAAAGGCUUGAUUUUAAAACCUCAGUAAGUAAAAAAAACAAAAAACAACAACAACAACAAAAACAUCAUGUUUUGAAGAUAAAGAACUGUUUGUCUGAUUCUCUCUGUGCUAAAUAAAGAUGCUGGUCUGCUCGUCUGUAUGUCGGUCCAGUUAGUGCCUGUCUUUACUUACCUCCGUCCGUCCAUCCACAUCUGAUGUCCACACACAGGUUCACCAGGAAUCAGUCUGUCUCAUAUUGUUGGCUUCUAAAUCCUGUUUUUAUGAGGAUUUUUAUGAAAAUCUCUUCGAAGUAUGGUCUUUUACCAAAGUGAAAGAAAGAAACGUUAAACUGUGCACCUCUCUCGUACCUCCUGCUCUGCAAAACAGUCCAUCCUUACCAAGUAUCUAACAUGGUCGAGUGUUUCAAGAGUCAUAAAAUAUGUUUAUUUUCUUCAAAUGUAGUGAAAGAAGCGAGGCAGCUGUGUUCACUUGUUCCCAGCGCUUCUUAUUCUGUGUUGCAGUAUAUUCAUAAACUUGAGUAUGGAUGGAAUUUUUUGCAUUGUAGAAAUGUUUCCCUCGCUGCGUUUGUCUGCCGUCUCUUUGCUGUCUUCUCCUCUGCUCUCCGUUUGUCUGUUGCCUAACACUCGUCUUCCCCCUCAGCUUUGCCAACCCCCCUUUCUCUCUCCAUCUCUGUCUUGGUGAAUUUUAGAGACAAAAGUCGAGUGCAAACGACUGGAAGCUGCCAGUGUUUCUUCUUUCUCCACUAAAAUAAGCCCAAGGUAUGACUGCCACUGCUGCAGAGAAAGCACACCAACCACCUGUGGCCCCGAAUAACUCCCACAUCAACUGAUGUGCUUUUAUUUUGAGGGAUUUUGUCGCAAAAAGAACAAAAAACAUGAAGUAUUGUACAGAGAGUUUAUGGACGUGCAUGCUUUGAGGGCACCAACAAGUGUAAUAUUGAUGACCUCAAAUGUAUGGUGACUUUCUACUCUAAGAAGUGUGAAAUAAAUGUAUUCAGCUGGA